CACCAAUACCCGCGAAAUUCCACUGGAGCGGGCUGGUUGACCUUCCACAUGGAAGUAACUAACAUUCAACUGGCUAGAUGAUGCAAUUGGAUAGAAAUAACUAGCCUGAUUCUUCUGCACGCUGCUAAAAACCUUAGGUGUACAUAUAUUUCUCCCUCCCCAUCCACCCGUCAACUAAAAAGACAAUAUUGAUUCGUUAAUCUCUUUAAAAAAAAAUCAUAUCUUGCUAAGUAAAUAACAGGUCGCUGAUGCAUUAAUUCAUUAAUUGCAUUUUGGUGUACGCAUAACAGUUUAUAACUACAAUAAUAAUAAUAAUAACGCUACAAUAUGAAUAACGUCCAAAAGAAGGCUAAAAAGAAGCCCAUGCUUUUUAUCAAAAACCGCAAUCAUGUCCUAUAUGCUAUGGAUAUACAGAAAAUGCUAGGAUUGGUCCUGUUUCCUCAGCAUUUUAUCAAAUGGCCUGAUUGGUGUUCAAUUUUAAAACCUGCAUUGAUCAAGAAUGUUGUCUUGAUAUUUGUCAACCGAAUACCUACUGUGAAUGUAGAUGGAAAGUAUGCAGAUGACUUCUUUACAAUGUUUGGGGAGCCAUUGAAUGUAUUAAGUCCAGAAGCCUACAAGUAUUCAUGGGAUAAAGAAAUUGCUACUGUUCCACGCAGUUUCCUCACUGCUCAUGCUAUAACAAUGGCAGAUACUAAAAAGUCAAUACUAACUCAUGCACAACGUCGUGUAUGGAUUGAUGAUGCAAAUAAAAUUCAAAAAAAUCACGUGAUUAAAGCAGUCUACGCAAUUACGAAAGAAAAACCAUCGUCUUCUUCUCCUUCUGAUGUUAUCAUUCCUGAGCCGACAAAAUCGGCCACUACUGCUUCUGUUGCAAAAAAGCGUAAAGCAAACAACUCGUACUUCCCUUUACCGCCAUCAGGUACACCAGAUGUCUAUGAUAGAACACAACUUCUCUUAAAUGUGGAACAAAUGAGAAAAGAAAAAAUCCCAUUGCCUACAGAAUUAGAAAAUCCACGCAAACAACAAAGAGAUCGUUCAGAUUUUGUCCCAAGUAAAUCUGUCUACCUGCCGGUAUCAUCAAAAAGUCCAAUGUUUGCUGUCGACUGUGAAAUGGUACUCACAUCAGAUGGAAGUGAAUUGGCUCGUGUAACAUUAGUCGAUGAAUUUGGCAAAGUUGUAUUCGAUCGUCUAGUGAAACCACCAAAUCCUGUUGAAGAUUAUUUAACUAGAUUUAGUGGUAUUACCAGAGAUAUGCUUGCAGCGAUUGACACAACACUGGCAGAUGUACAACGCGAAUUAGAUGAAGUUCUACCUGGUGAUGCUAUUCUAGUUGGUCAUUCUAUUGGAAAUGAUUUAGAAGCGAUGAAAAUCUUUCACCCAUACCUGAUUGAUACUAGCGUUGUGUAUAAUGUGAAAGGCAGUCGAGCCGGUAAAGCACGUCUUCGCUUUCUUACUGAACAUUUUCUUGGCCGAAUGAUUCAAACCGGUAAAGGUGGGCAUUCAUCCGCUGAAGAUGCCAUAGCAACAAUGGAUCUUGUACGCUUAAAAUUGAGUCAAGGUCUUGAAUUCGGUGAUGUGACAACAUCUUGGCGUUUUCCAGAGGAUUAUAAUUCACAUUUAGUUAUUAAGUCUGCAAAAGUCGAUCCACCUAACAACGACAAUAAUAAUAAUAAUAAUAGUAAUAAUAAUGGUCCUAAUAAAAGAUACAUUCGUGGUCGACUUAAUCCAACUAUUGAUCCGUCAUCAUCAUCGUCAUCAUCCACAAAGAAGGAUGAUGACGAUAUGAAAAUCCUAACAGAAGAGCAUUGUGUUAAAGUCCCGCAUGUAUUUCAUGAUCGUGUAUUGAAAUUAUGCUCAUUGUAUAAUUCAUCAUCACCAUCAUCAUCUGGUUUACCGUUCCACUUUUUCAAUCGUCUACUACACGAUUCUGGUAUGCAAUAUGCAUAUUGGCCUGUAUAUAAUGAAACGGUGAAAAGAAAUGGAGAUGUUGACGAAGACGAAGAUGAAGACAAGGCAAAUGGAGGUGGAGAAGGCGAACAACAAGAAGAACUGACUCAUGAAGUAAUCAGUCUGGAGAAACAUGAUGCAUUAUUAACAAAGUCUGUAAAUUGUAAUUCCACAAAUACUACUAAUGGUACUACUCCUCCUCCUAUUACUACUACCGCUCAAAAUUCUUCGACAGUGAAUAUAAUUUCUACAGAAUUUUUAAACUAUAUUCUUGAUUUGUGUAAUUCUAAACGACUUGUCAUUGUACAAGCGAAUUGUUCGCCUGAAUGGAAUGAAUCUAAAUGCUGUCGUAAAGUAACCAAAUUCUGUACCAAAUUGUAUUCCAAUCUUUCGGAUAAUUGUUUAAUUGGUCUAGUGUGUACAGGUUGUGAUGUUGGCAAAGUUGUCAAAAAGCGGCGUAAGACAACAACAACAGCGGCGACAAAAACACCUAAAAAGCCAUCUAAUUCCAAAAUAUCAAAAUCAGCAUUGUGCAAUUUCUAUUUGACAUUGACUUCGCCAUCGUCUGAGACAAUUGUGCAAAAUGGUGACAAUGGUGUCGGCGACGGUGAUGAUGGUGAAGAUGACAAUGAGAUGUAUUCAUAACUUGAGUUGUAAUUCCUGUUCUCUAUUUUUUGUUCGACCUUUUGUAUUAUUAUUAUUUUCUUAUUUAUACUGUAUAAUAAUGCACAAUGUGACCUCUGUGUGUGUGUGGAUUGUGCAGUUGUUCUGUAUAUAUACUCUGUGAUGUUACCAUAAAAUAACAUACAUUAUCGAUUGAAUGAGUGAGUGAUUGAGUGACAGAAGUAUAACUUAUUUUCUUGGAGCUUACAUCUUCUGUUUUCAUACAGACAAUUGGAUUGUCUAUAUUGAGCGGAAAGGGUCAUCCAUUAUUGUAGUUAUAUUCUCUCUAAGACCUAUGGUUUCUGCGAUACCUUCAUUAAGACAUAGAUGACAACGGGCAAUCUCAAAAUCAUAUUGUAACAACAGAAGACAAGGGCCGGCAGCACAUCGUUUUUAUUACGAAAAUCAGCACGUAUUUAUAUAGAUUUCAUUUACAUAAUUAUAGCUUAUUCAAGUAGACAAAAGCAGUCUACUGAUUGGUUGUUUCGGGUAAUCAUCGAAAAGUGGAGUCAUCUAUCUGCGAAUCAUAUUUGCCCACGUUAAGUCUGCUGUGAUUGGUUGUUGAAUCAGCCUUGUUCAUAUUUUCU